AUGGACACAGCCAACGCUCAGCUGGGUAUCUGGGUGGCUGCAUGGCACCAGCGACUACGCAGCAUCAUUAACCUCGGAGGCGGGACGGAGAGGAUCAUUACUGUGCCUGUGAUUCAGGUGGUGGGCAGUGUCUGGACUCUCCUGUUUGUGACAGAUGCCGGCCCAGAGAUUUCAUCGUGGACGACACAACUAGCGAACCCUCGUCAGAUCAACAACCCCGACAUCUGA